AUGACGCAUGGCUCGAUCCUGCCCCCGCUCAUCAACACGUUCGAGGUGUACUCGCUCAUUCGGAUGGAAAACUUUACCGCUGACUCCCAGGAUGUCAGUUACAUGAAAGAAGUCAAGAAACACUACAAUUUGACACGAAUAAACUGGAAUGGAGAUCUGUGCUCCCCAAGAGAAUAUUCCUGGGAAGGUUUGACUUGCGACUACUCUAAGAGCAACCAGAAUCCGAGGAUUGUUGGAGUAAAUCUGUCUACCAGCGGACUGAAAGGUGGAUUAACCAUAGCAUUCAUGAACAUGGUAUCACUGGAAAACCUGGAUUUGUCACACAACAAUUUGACAGGAGGUAUUCCAGACUACCAAAUAAAGUCAAUAAAAGUUCUUUUGGUUGGUGUUACAUUUUGUGGCGUGCCACAUUUUUCCAGCACCAAGCCGCAGCAGCCUCAUUGUCGAGACACUGAGGAUUAUGCUAUGUAUGAAGAGGAGACGCCCCUACAUAUUGACAUCAGACGGUUCACCUACGCAGAGCUAAAGCACAUAACAAACGACUUCAAUUCAAUAGUUGGAAAAGGAGGUUUUGGUACUGUUUAUCAUGGCACAAUGGAAAAUGCUGAUGAAGUGGUGGUAAAGGUGCUUAUGGAGACAUCAAUAGCGGAGUCAACGGAUUUCCUCCCUGAGGUGCAAACCUUGUCCAAAGUUCAUCACAAGAAUCUCGUAACUCUACAAGGAUAUUGCCAGAACAAGUGCCUAGCCCUCAUUUAUGACUUCAUGCCCAGAGGAAAUCUUCAACAGCUUUUAAGAGAAGGAGAAGACUACAGUUUGAAUUGGGAACAGCGACUUCAUAUUGCACUUGAUUCUGCACAAGGACUGGAAUAUCUACACGAGUCAUGCACCCCAUCAAUAGUUCACAGAGAUGUCAAGACCGCUAACAUCCUUCUGGACAAGAACCUGGUGGGGAUCAUAGCUGAUUUUGGGCUUUCACGGGCUUUUAACGAUGCGCACACACACAUAUCUACUGUUGCUGCUGGCACUCUUGGCUACCUUGACCCCGAGUACCAUGCAACUUUCCAGCUCACCACCAAGACAGAUGUUUACAGCUUCGGCAUCGUGCUCUUGGAAAUCAUCACUGGCAAGCCCCCGGUGUUGAUGGACCCUCAAACCUACCACCUACCAAAUUGGGUACGCCAAAAGAUUGCCAAAGGCAGUAUCCAAGAUAUCGUGGACAAGAAGCUGUUGGAUCAGUAUGACACCAGUUCCCUGCAGAGUGUGGUGGACCUUGCCAUGAACUGCGUCGAAAGCGCAGCCAUGGACCGUCCUACCAUGACCGAAGUUGUUUCAAGGCUAAAAGUGUUGCUGCCAACGGUUCCAAGUGAAAAGCAGUAUGCUUCUGCGUCCUCUCGAUGUACGAACUCCAUGGAUGCUGAAAUGCGAAGGCAGUUCCAGUUGCUGAUUUCUGAAGAAAGGAACGAGGAGAGCUCCUUCCGGUCUGGUUAUACCGGUGGGAUGCCAGAAUUAAACCCUCUAUCUGGACGUUGA